CAAAAAUAUAGAGAGAAAUAGUACAUGUCCAAAUAGCAACUCUCCUCCCCUCAAAUCUUGCAAUUCUUAAUUCUUCCCAUUCAAAAUUUUCAACUUUCAACAAACCUCACCUUCUCCCUUCCUACUCCAACAAAUACCCAAAUUCAGUGUUCAAACAUUCAUCUAAAUCAACAAUCUUUCUUUCCCUUAUUUACAAUGGAGGAUGAAUUAACCCUCCAAAAUCAUAGCUGUUUAAGGAACUAUUUAACUUCCAGUUUGUCUAAUUAUCACCCAUUAACAACUUGUAUCAAUGGCAGUUACUCUGAGCUUUGUUUUGACAAUGAUUCUGAUGAUGGGUUUUCUAGGGAUCAUGUUUAUUGUAGACCCUUUGUUGUUCUUGAUGUAAUUUGGAAUUUGGGGUUUGUUUUGGUGUCUGUUUUUGUGUUGCUUUGCACAAUUAAGGAAAAACCCUCUAGUCCUUUGAGGGUUUGGAUUGGUGGGUAUGCAUUUCAGUGUCUUAUGCAUGUGGGUUUUGUGUUUUAUGAGUUUCGCCGUCGGAAUCAUGGGGUUUUUAGCCGGGUUUCAUUGCCGGAUGGUCAUUCUUAUUCAAGUAUCGUGAAGAAACUAGAAUCAGCAAACACAAUUGCAUCAUCAUUUUGGUGGGUUUUCGGAUUUUAUUGGAUUGUAUCUGGUGGCCAAUCUCUUUUGCAGGAUUCUCCUCGCCUUUAUUGGUUAGCAGUAGUAUUCCUGGCACUUGACGUGUUCUUUAUGAUUUUCUGCAUCGGAAUGGCGUGUAUAAUUUGUCUAACUGUCUUUUGUUGCAUCCCAAUUAUGGCAAUUAUAUAUGCCAUUACGAUUAGAGAAGGAGCAUCUGAAGAUGAGAUCAGACAACUUCCAAAGUACAGAUUCUAUCAGUCUUGUACACCAAGGAUGUCCGACUCUAUGGAAUUGAAAAACGUGAAUCCCAUCGAGGAAGCAACCUUGCAAUUUGAAGAUUCCGAAUGUUGUAUUUGUUUAACCCGAUAUGCUGAAGGAGCAGAAAUAUGCACCCUUCCCUGCAAACAUAAUUUCCAUUACGGAUGUAUCAGCAGAUGGCUACGGAUAAACGCAACCUGUCCACUUUGCAAAUUUAACAUCAAGGCGAAGGGUGACGCAUUGGUCUGAUUUAUAUAUCCUCGUUGAAGCUGUUAGUAUUAGCUCAUGCAGGCUAACUGAUUCUCCCACCAAAAUGUCGAAGAUCGACUCACUGUAGUGUCGCAGCACUUCGCGGUGAUCUGUUCGCACCGACUGAUAGAUGAUGUGGAAAUGUAAUUUGUAGAGGGACUGUAUUGCCGGCUAAACUAGUGUAUAUAGUUAUUUUCUAGUUUAGGUUUCUCCAUUAGUUGGUUAUCCCUUUUCUUGGUUAUGUGUGUAAGUAGUCAAUUAUGUUGAAGCAAUCUAAGUAGCACUUUUACUAUGCUUUGUGCUCUAGCUGCACUCUAUGUUACUCGGACUCUUCAUUUUGCUU